AUGCCGUUUAAGUUACAACGCCUAUUACUUUUCACGCUGCUAUAUGGUCUGGCCAUUGCCCAGGACUAUCAAGACUACCAGGAGAAUACCCCGCGUCCUGCACCAAUAAGACUGCGUCCCAACGCCGGUGUGGUAGAUGCCCCACGGCCCACACCCGUGCCCAUUCUGAAACAAAUCAACAAACACAAUGAAGACGGUUCCUACACUUAUGGUUAUGAGGGCGCAGAUGGCUCAUUCAAAAUCGAAACAAAGUUGGCGACCGGUGAAGUGAAGGGCAAAUAUGGUUAUGUGGAUGAAACCGGCAAGGUACGCGUCGUGGAAUAUGGCGCAAAUCAAUAUGGCUUCCAGCCAUCUGGUGAAGGUAUCACUGUAGCGCCACCCACGCUAGUGGAUGAAACAGCAAAGGAGGAGCCAGACUAUGAAGAUGAACCUGUGCGUCCCCAGCGUCCCUAUCGUCCACCACGCCCGCAGCAACCGCGUCCUGCACCUGUACCUGCACCACGUCCACAGCCACAACCACAGCCGCAGCCACAAUACUUCCAAUAUGAAGAGGAAGUUGAGCAGGAACCAGAGCCACCACGCCGCAUUCAAUAUGCACCACAGCCACAGCAAAUUUCCGCCGGCCCAGCGCCACCAAGAAUACAAGUGCCAGGUGCGCAACGUUCCACCGACGUCCUAUAUUCACCACUACAACGUCCAGCACGCCCUGAACCGGAUUAUUCACAGACACAGAACUUUGGCGGUGGCCCAUCAAAUGUACGCAUCUCCCGACCCGUCUAUGCACCCGCACCGGUACAACCUGCCCCCGCCAGUGCACGCGCUAACAACUUCUUAGGUCCGCCAUCCGGUGGUCGUCCCAUAUUGGAUCAGUUUGGACCAGCGCCGCAGACACGUCCGGUGCAACAGGCCGCACCAGCGCCGCUACCCCGCUAUCAACCACAGAUCAAUCAUCAACCGCAGGCGCAGGGACGCGCUGGUGGCGGUGGUGGCAGUUUGUUGGAUCAAUUAGCGCGAGAUUAUGCUCUACCACAAGGCAAUGCCCAGCCUUUGCAUGAUAUUUCAUUUGGUUACUAUUGAGCGGAUAGUCAACGUGGGCUUUUCGGAGUUUUGUAAAUGUAUGUGUAUAGUAUUUUAAUAAAAUCGAGAAACUGAGAUUGUAAA